AUGAAGAGCUUCCUUCUGACCUGCACUCUCUUGGCAUCAUCCGCCCUCGGACACAUUCAACUGUCCAAGCCGUACCCUAUUCGCAGCCCUCUCAACAAGGACGCCGACGGCCAAAAGGACUACUCCUACACCAACCCUCUGUCCACCUCCGGGUCUGACUUCCCCUGCAAGGGAUACGCCGACGACGCUUUCAAAUCCGUGGCCGACUACAAGCCCGGUCAAGAGUACGAGAUUGAGCUCCAGGGCAGCGCUACACACGAUGGUGGCUCGUGCCAGAUCUCCCUCUCCUACGACAAGGGCAAGACCUUCCGCGUCAUCCACUCCAUUAUCGGUGGAUGCCCAUUGAGCAAGAGCUACAAGUUCAAGGUCCCGUCAGAUGCUCAAUCCGGCGAAGCUCUCCUGGCAUGGACAUGGUUCAACAAGGUCGGCAACCGCGAGAUGUACAUGAACUGCGCCCAAGUCACCGUCGGCAGCGACAGCUCUCGAAUGGAAGGCUUCUCCGCCGUCUCCAAGGCCAACGCCUUUGACAGCCUCCCAGAGAUCUUCGUCGCCAACGUCAACGGGCCCGGCAAAUGCAAGACCAUCGAAGGCAAAGACGUGAACUUCCCCCAGCCAGGCCCCUCCGUCGAAGGAGAGGGUGAGGGCAAGGGCUACGAGUGCGAGGACUCCGCUCCCUUCCUCGGCGGUUCCAGGGUCACCAAAGAGUCCUCCAGCUCCGCCUCGGCCACCCCUAGCCGCGCCCACGGCGCCCUCUCUUCUGAAUCCGCCGCUGCAUCUUCCUCUGCUGCUGCCAAGGCCUCAAAGGUCGCACAUGGAGCAUUCGGUCAAGAAACUUCCGCUGGUCGUUUUGACUAUCCCACUCCUCAGCACCGCCACUGCCGCCCCCACGACGACUACGUCUGCUCCGCCGAUCACUUCAGCUUCUUCCGCUGUGUCCACGGUGACCUCGUCUUCAUGGGCCCUGUCGCUGCGGGAACCUGGUGUGUCAAUGGCCGUAUCGAGCGUGCUCCUUGGUUCUAA